GUGUGUAUUGUGGUGGUCCAGUGACUUACAGCACACACAAACACUGAAGUCAAAACCAUCGAAUGUGUAUCUGCACACGAGUCUUCAGAUGUGCUCUUCUCCGUCUGCAUGUGCUGUUGUCUAGUGGAGUGGUCUGGAAGGGAAGGUCCUUGUUCACUAGUGGGUCACCGCUGGAUACUCCUGCGUUUGCUCUGGACCUGCAGGUAAAGCAGUGGAGGCAGGCAGUGAAACGAGCUAAAACAUCCACGUGUUCAGAUGAGCAGCACACAGUUAGCUCUUCUCUGUCUGAUGGGCCCCCUGCUGGUUCGGGGUCAGAAUGACACGGAGCCCAUCGUGCUGGAAGGGAAGUGUUUAGUCGUUUGCGACUCCACUCCAACCACAGAACCUGCUGGGAAUGCUCUGGGAAUGUCGGUGCGCUCCGGAAACGGCCGCAUCGCCUUCUCGGCUGUGAGGAACAACAACCACGAACCGUCUGAGAUGAGCAACCGCACCAUGACCAUAUACUUCGACCAGGUUCUGGUGAACGUUGGGAGUCAUUUCGAUCCGGCACGGAGCGUUUUCGUGGCUCCUAGAAAAGGAGUGUAUAGCUUCAGUUUCAAUGUGGUGAAAGUUUACAACAGACAAACUAUACAGGUGAGCCUGGUGUUGAACGGCUGGCCGGUGAUCUCAGCCUUCGCCGGUGAUCAGGAUGUGACGCGGGAGGCAGCGACCAACGCUGGUCUGGUUACGAUGGAGAGAGGAGACAAGGCCUACCUCAAACUGGAGAGAGGAAACCUGAUGGGCGGCUGGAAAUACUCCACCUUCUCCGGCUUCCUGGUCUUUCCCUCUUAGAAACAAGUCCACGCAGAAAACUGAUAAGAAGCGCACAUUCAGCAGAAGGACAUGUUCACAAGUUCAUAAGUGUUCAGACAAGGACGCUUCUUCUGUUCCUGUACUUACAUUCCCUGCUGACUUCUUCCUCUGCAUCUUUUCUAUAUGCAUGAACCUGCUUGAUGCACGUUAUAUGGCACUUUCCACUAACAAGACUCAAAAUGUUCCCUUUUGACAGAUAAUCAGUGAAGAGUGCUAAACCUGAAGAUUGUGGUGAUCAUCAUCAACCUCAGGACGUCAAACUAAAUAUUAUUUAAUAUGUUGUGCAAUCUUUUCAUUUUGAAUUUGCAAACUUAGCAAUUCUGUAACCUGCAUUUGGGACAUUUUUGGUAUUUUCAAUUAACAUUAAAUAAA